AAGCCCUUUGAACCACCACAUUCAUAUACCUUCUCCUCUCAAAAGCACCUUCCACAUAACCAAAAUAAUCAAAAUCAAACACCUAUAAAUAAUCAAAUUGCAAUGUUAAGCUAAAAAUCAUUGCUUUUUCCUUUUACAAGCAACCAAACAAACCUGAAGGAUAAACCCCUUUGAGAAAAACAACAGAAGUAAUAGCAACUUCCAAAAAUUCAACCAAAACCCUAGCUAUUUGGCCUGCAAAUUUUCAAGCAGAAUCAUUGUUAGAACUAAAAUACAAGAAUCAAAAUCAAAGCUUUUGUUGCUAAAACUUCAAACCUUGAGGAGUUUGAUUCUCUCUGCGCUCCAUUACAUAAAUUUUCCAUGCUCAAUUUCAAUAAAAACAAAAACCCCUUUUCAGAAAAAUUACAAUUUUGACCCCAAUUCGACCCGUAUUUAAUUUGGGUCAUAGAAUCACUUUAUGGAUCGGGUUUUGACCCGAUUUUCAUUUUCUUCUUGCUUCGAUUGAAAAAGAUUUGAUUUUGACUAAUGGGUUAAUUGAAUUUUGAGGUUUAAGAUUGAAAUUUGAUGCUGAAAGGAAAAAGCAAAAAGAUGGAAGGAGGAAGAAGAGGGAGGGCUUGUGUUGUGGUUUUGGGUGACAUUGGACGCAGCCCUAGAAUGCAGUACCAUGCUCUCUCACUCGCAAAUCAGGCUUCCCUAGAGGUAGACAUUGUUGCAUAUGGAGGCUCAGAGCCCCACACUGAACUUCUGGCCAACCCAUCUAUUCAUAUUCACCUCAUGAAGCAGUGGUCAACAGCCCGUCAAAGCUUACCGAAGAUACUUCAACCUUUCAUGCUUUUGUUGAAGCCCUUGUUUCAAAUUUUCACUCUGCUUUGGUACCUUUGUAUAAAGAUACCUUCUCCUGAUAUUUUUAUUGUCCAGAAUCCUCCUUCAGUUCCAACUCUAGUGGCAGUAAAAUGGGCUAGCUGGUUGAGGAAAUCAUCAUUUGUUAUAGAUUGGCAUAAUUUUGGAUAUACUUUACUUGGACUGUCCCUUGGAAGGAAUAGCCGUUUUGUCUCUUUAUACAAAUGGUUUGAGAAUCGUUAUGGGAAAAUGGCAGACGCUUCUCUCUGCGUAACAAAAGCAAUGCAGCAUGAAUUGGCUCAAAACUGGGGGAUUAAUGCUACCGUAUUGUACGACCAACCUCCUGAUUUCUUUCAUCCAACUACGCUCGAAGAAAGGCAUAAGUUGUUUUGCAGACUGAAUGAACACUUUUAUCAUCCUCUUGGUGUUAGAGAUUGUAUUAGUAAUGGAAGUUCGCUGACGAGUAGCCAAAUCCAAAAUGAGAGUGUUUUUACAUCUGAGGUUGGUUCAAACAUUUGUUUGAAGCCAAACCGGCCUGCACUUGUUGUAAGCAGCACGAGCUGGACUCCUGAUGAAGAUUUUGGCAUUCUCUUAGAAGCUGCUUUAAUGUAUGACAGACGUGUUGCUGCUAUAUUGAAUGAAGAUGAUUCGUUAGACGAGGAGGUCAUGUGGAAAGAAAUAUCUGAUGAUGGAAAACAAUGUUUAUAUCCCAGAUUGUUAUUCGUCAUCACUGGUAAGGGUCCGGAAAAAGCAAAGUAUGAAGCUAAAAUAAAGACAUUGAAACUUAAACGCGUGGCAUUUCGCACCAUGUGGUUAUCUGCGGAUGAUUAUCCAUUACUGCUAGGAUCAGCUGAUCUAGGUGUUUGUCUGCAUACUUCAUCAUCGGGAUUAGACCUUCCCAUGAAGGUUGUUGAUAUGUUUGGCUGUGGACUGCCUGUUUGUGCUGUUUCAUAUUCUUGCAUUAAAGAGCUCGUUAGCGUCGACAAAAAUGGUCUUCUUUUCUCUUCAUCUUCAGAGCUAGCUGAUGAACUUUUGACACUCUUCAAGGGAUUUCCCGAUGCAUGCGAAUCUCUGAAGGUUCUCAAAUCAGGUGCACUAGAUACUGGUUCUUCAUCAAGGUGGGUUACCGAAUGGGAAGAACAUGCAAAGCCACUGAUAACUGAGGUUAUGUCAAGAUUUUGAUUUUCGUUGUAUUUCUUAGAAGACGUCUUAGACUGCUAACAGAAAAUUUCAUAGAUUUGUUGGCUUGAUCGAUCCUAUAUUGUUGAGUUGAUUUACUGCAUUUGUUGUAAAUAGAAGUCUGAAAUAUUUUUGGCAAGUUCUUUAUCCCAACCAAACUCACAAGACAAUAUUUUUCGAACAGUUUUUGGAGUCAUGCCUUGGUCCAAUCUUUCCAUUAACAAUGGCCUCUGCAAGCCCUUCCUGCAUUGGCCUUGCUUCCAUGUAUAAACGGUUUUGUUUGUUUGGUGACUUGCUCAUCAAGGUGUGACUAGACUUCUCGAGUGAUUGAUUUGUUAUCAA